UUAUCUGGGACAACAAAGGUCGGAUAUGCCGGCGACGAUAAGCCAAGGUUCGUGUUUCCAACCAUCGUUGGUAGACCUCGUCACCAGGGUGUUAUGGUUGGGAUGGGGCAAAAGUCAUGUUAUGUUGGAGACGAGGCUCAGAGCAAGAGAGGUAUCCUUACCCUACAAUUACCCCUCGAGCAUGGUACCGUUACCCAUUGGGAAGACAUGGAGGAAAUUUGGCGUCACAUCUUUUCUAAUCAGCUUCAGGUGCAACCAGAGAACCACCCAGUUCUGUUGACAGAGUGCCCUCUAAACCCCAAGGCAAACAGGGAAAAGAUGGCUCAGGUAAUGUUUGAGAUUUUCAAAGUGCCCUCCCUCUACCUCGCCAGCCAGCCAGAGCUUUCGCUCCGCAGCGUUGGGCUUGACACCGGUAUGGUUUUUGAAACUAGUGAGGGUGUUUGUAACGCCGUACCUGUAAUCAACGGUAAGGCAAACUUGGAGGCCAUCAUCAGUGUGCAACUUUGCGGACGUGAUCUUAACGAUUACAUGUUGAAGAUCCUCACCGAAUCUGGCUAUUCUUUCACUACUACAGCUGAACGUGAAAUCGUAGCAGACGUCAGAGAAAAACUCUGCUACAUUGUGCAAGAUUUUAACGACGAAAUGCAGAAUACAGCUCCCUCUGUCCUCGAGAAGACAUACGAACUUCCCGAUGGCCAAAUCCUCACUAUUGGUACGGAACGCAUCCGUUGCCCAGAGACUCUCUUCCAGCCGGCCUUUAUUGGAAUGGACAGCCCCGGAAUCCAUGAGUUCGUCAACAACAGUAUCAUGAAGUACGAUGCUGGCGUCCGUGAGUCCUUGUACGCCAACAUCGUUAUUUCUGGAAGCUGCGCUGCAUUCAAAGGAAUGGCUGGCCGCAUGAAGAAGGAGAUCGGCGCCCUCGCCUCAGACAUGACCGUCAACGUCGUCGUUCCAGCGCAGGCGAAAUACGCCUCCUGGAUUGGAGGAGCCAAACUGUCAUCGCUCUCAAACUUCAAGGAUAUAUGCAUUAGCAGGGAGGAAUAUCAAGAGUCUGGUGCAUCCAUUGUACAUACUAAAUGCUAAGAAAAUGUUUUAUUCACCUCAAUGCACUGGCCUCGAUCUUUUCAAAAUAUCUGAAAGGCUUUGCACUAUACAUUUAAUAUAUUAUUUUAAAAUGUAUUAUUUCCAACAAUAGGUAUAUGUAAGUGUUUUAAUUGUGUUUAUGAGACGAUAGACAAAAAUGUGGAGGUCUCUUAAAAUAGUUUAUUUCUAAUAAUGGACAUCUUAAUUAUUUUAGUUUCUAUAAGGGUACUACAUGGUAUUAUAUAAAAUGGUAGGUGU